UAGUUCUACAGAUGCAGCAAAUAAUCGAUGAAUUGACAAUUAAUCAACAAUCAAAAGUAAACCAACUAUUUUACUGCUUGAUUAACUGUUUAGGGUAUAUAGAUAAAGUAUACAAUAUCGACUGGGCAAAGCUGCUGAAUCGAUUCACCUCCUGGCCGCUGUGAGGCGCUGUGUGUGUGGGUCGUGUUGUGUGGACGGAAGCCAAACAAAAUGGCUACUCAAGCAAACAACGGCUGCAGCAGCAGCGUGACUCGAGCGACUUCUACUUUUAAAUUGGACAUUUUAGGUCAUUUUGGAUUCCCCUGUAAAUCCGGAACACAGAAAUGGACAAAAGACACUCCAACCACAAUUCGCAAUUCAAAAACACACCAGAAGUCACCGUCCUGGAAUUGUAUACUGCGCCAUGAGUCUUUUGUGAAUGAUGCAACAAGUUUUUCACACCUGGAUUUGGGGAUACUCUGCAGAUCCUCUCCAGUUCUGUCAGGUUGAAUGGUGAACGUUAGUGGACAGCCAUUUUCAGGUCUCUCCAGAGAUGCUCAAUUGGGUUUAAGUCAGUGCUCUGCCUGAACCAUUCAAGAACAACCACGGGGUUGUUCUGAAGCCACGCCUUCCUUAUUUUAGCUGUGUGCUUCGGGUCAUUGUCUUGUUGGAAGGUGAACAUUCGACCCAGUCCGAGGUCCUGAGCACUCUGGGGAAGGUUUUCGUCCAGGAUAUCCUUGUACUUGGCCGCAUUCUUCUUUCCUUCGAUUGCAACCGGUCGUCCUGUCCCUGCAGCUGAAAAACACCCCCACAGCAUGAUGCUGCCACCACCACGCUUCACUGUUGGGACUGUAUUGGACAGCCUGUCACGUGGAAAUCUUUAGCGGUAACGUUCACCAUUGGGGGAGCUCUGCUCGGCGGGAUGAAAUACUUCAAGAUCGAAAAGGAAGAAAUGAUCGAGAAAGAGCGUAACAAGUCAAUGGGACGUCCUGCGCUGGGUGGCCCGUUCUCAUUGGUGGACCACAAAAGGAAGUCGGUGAGCAGUGACGACUUCCUGGGCCAGUGGGUGCUCAUCUACUUCGGCUUCACGCAUUGUCCUGAUAUCUGCCCUGACGAGCUGGAGAAGAUGAUGGAAGUGGUGGACGAAAUUGACAAAAUCAAGUCUCUGCCCAAGCUGACACCAAUCCUCAUUACCAUCGACCCUGACAGGGACACGCCAGAGGCCAUGGCGGCAUAUGUCAAAGAGUUUUCUCCAAAGCUGAUUGGCCUGACAGGGACGACGGCUCAAGUAGAGCAAGUGUCUCGAGCUUACAGAGUUUACUACAGUCAAGGACCCAAAGACGAAGACAACGACUACAUCGUGGACCACACCAUCAUCAUGUACCUGGUUGGACCCGACGGACACUUUGUUGACUAUUUUGGUCAGAACAAAAGAAACGUGGAGAUCUCCAGUGCCAUCGCGGCUCACAUGAGGAAGUACAAGACAAAGAAAUGAUUGGAUGCCCGACGGGAGAAACAAACACCUGAAUAAACAAAACAAUUUGAAACAGAAGUGGGUAGAUUGUUGGUUUGAAAAUGAAAACAUAUUUUUCACAUUCCCAGCAUACUUGUCAAAUACUUCGCUUUUGUCCAACUUCCUGUAAAGACCCUAUUGAUUUUGAGGCCUUACGAAUGUCUGACAAUGUUCUUUGUGAGAUUUUUAAAAGACUUUCUGAGCGAGAA